AUGGAUGCUUUCAAGCUUCUUACGAGGUCGACCAAGCUCAAGCCGGCUGCUGCCAAUGCAAAGCGAUCAACUGCCAAUCGCCUACCGUCGACAGGCGAAGCCAGCACACCACAGCUAUUUCCCACGAGAACGUCGAAUGCGCCAGGAAGGCAGGGCGAUGAUGAUAGUCGGGGGAAGAAAAGGAAACGCGGGUCCGGAUUGGGAGAUGGAGGCGACUCUAUGACUAAAGAUGCAGGGUUGAAUUUCUUCACUGGCCUCUCCUCAUCAGCGGCCGAAGUGCCUUCAAAAAUUCCCGAUGUAGAUGCCGGUGCGGAUGAAGAUGACGAUGACAAUGACGGCGCGAUACUGGACACGCAGCAUUCUUUGCUUUCCGAAGCCGAGAGGAAAUCGAUUCUAAAAUCGCACAAAAUCAAAGUAACAGAUCUCCGAACACCAAAGGUAAACGUUGACGAUCUUGAAGCGACAAAAACGAAGAAAAAAUCCAAGAAACGGAAAAGAGAAAAAGAGCCCGCCGUUGCUCUUACCAAAAAGCAGCGCAAGGCAUUGCAGGCGCUUUAUCCAGAACCGUUAGUCUCGUUCGACCUACUACAAUCGAAGUACAAGAUCUCAAGGAGGCUGGUGGAAAAUAUUCGAAAUCAAGGUUAUACUGUGCCUACGGAGGUACAGCUUGGCUGUCUACCUAUCCUUCUAGGCAGUCCGUCGGGAUCUGUAGAAAAUGGUGACAGCGGCAGCGGGACACAAGCUAAUGGGGAGAGCGAGCCUGAUCUUCUUACAGUUGCGCCCACUGGAAGCGGAAAGACGUUGGCAUUUAUGAUUCCUCUCAUCAACAAGAUCAUGAAAUACCGACACCAGAACGCUAACCCUCAGUCAAGGGGGAUUCUAGCCAUUGUUGUUGCGCCAACCAAAGAGCUUGCUAGUCAAAUCGCGAACGAGGGUAGGAAACUCGCUCUUGGCACCGGAGUCAAGAUUACCACCAUGCGAAAAGGCAUGCGAGUAGUGGAGGAGCGCGGUGGGAAUGACAUGAAGGAGGAGGAAGAGAAAGACGAAUCCGACGAGGAUGAUAGUAUCGCCGACAGUGAUGAAGAGCGGCCAAAGGGACGGCCAAAGACUCUCGCGACUGUAACGAAAAGCGAUAUCCUCGUUACAACUCCGUUACAACUAGUGAACUCCCUCUCUGAUAAUGGACAGAACGAAUUGGCCUCGAUGCCAUUAGUUCAAUCACUGGUACUCGAUGAAGCCGAUGUUCUACUAGACCCCUUAUUUCGAGACCAGACACUCAAAAUAUGGCAAUCAUGCGUCAACCCCCAGCUACGCGUUGGCCUAUGGUCAGCCACAAUGGGAUCCAACAUUGAGGAACUCGCCAAGUCAACCAUCACGGAGCGACAAGCGUCUUUAGAUCUAAAAGAGGAAUCCUUCCUUAUCAGACUCGUUGUGGGUUUAAAAGACUCGGCCAUUCCAAACAUCUCCCAUAAACUCACUUACGCGGCAACAGAACAAGGAAAACUUCUGGGGCUGAGGCAACUCCUACAUCCAACAGCGGCUACUUCAUCCACCGGCAAACACCUUAGACCUCCCUUUAUCGUUUUCACGCAAACAAUUCCCCGAGCAGUAGCGCUGCACUCGGAACUUAUGUACGAUAUUCCUCCCGAGGCAGGCGGCUCUUCCCGAAUCGCAGUUUUACAUUCAGAGCUCUCCGAUUCCCAACGAUCCGAUGUCAUGGCCGGAUUCAGAAAGGGUGAAAUUUGGAUUAUUAUAACGACAGAUCUGCUCUCUCGAGGUGUGGAUUUCCGCGGAAUCAAUGGCGUUGUCAACUACGACAUUCCCAACUCAGCUGCGGCAUAUGUGCAUAGGGUUGGACGAACAGGCAGGGCUGGACGAGGAGGCGGAGUGGCCGUUACAUUCUAUACUAAGGAAGAUAUUCCCUACGUCAAGAAUAUUGCCAAUGUCAUCGCUGCUAGUGAGAAGCUACGCGGCGGUGAGAGUGGCGAGCCGGGUAUUCAGAAAUGGCUUUUGGACGCACUCCCUGAUUUAACGAAGAACGACAAGAAGGAUCUGAAACGAUAUGGAGUGCAGGUUAGAAGGCGGACAGCAGCCAUGAGCAAUGAUAAGGAUCGCCGCACGACACGUAUCAGCACUAAAAGCGGAUUUGAGAGGAGGAUGGAAAAUAACAGAAAAGGAGCAAUCAAGGGAAGCCAGUCGAGAAAGCUCGCGCAGGAGUCUAACGCCGACGCUGCAGAGGAUGAUGCAUGGAGCGGCAUUGAGGAUUGA